AUGGUCCAGGAAUACCAGGCUAAGCCGGUUUUGGUUGGCUCUGGUCUUGACAACCAUUCACGUGGCACCUACCUGAUCCUUCACGUUUGUGCCGCUAAGAAAGGCUCAUCAUACGUGCGCUUGUGGAAACUGUUCAAGGAGUGUCUCCAAGAGCAUACUAUCACUGCAAACGCGGAGGUCAUAUUCAGUUCCGGCGCUACGCUCAAUGUUCAAGACCUCCUGAUCGACAGUCUUGAUGGUCCUGUGCGAGUCCCGAGCGCGAAAAAGAUCUUUCACUUCCGAGAGGGAAAUCCAAAGAUACAAUACUCGUUUUAUAAGGCGCCACGCGUUCGCAAUCUCGACUUAAGUUAUGUCUCCAGAGAUCGUGAGGACUGGGACUGGAAGCUCAGGCUCAUUACGAGUGAUGAAUAG